AUGAACUUAUUCAGUAAUGAAAAGAAACUGAAGAUGCCAUCUCAAACAAGGAGGAAGAGGAAAGAAAAUAGAAAGACUGAAGAAGUUACUUAUGUAAAAGACCAAAUUGUAUACUGUUACUGGAAGGGAAUAUGGUGGCCAGGUGCCGUGGAGAGUGUUUUGAAAAACGAUGUGUACCAAAUUUCCUUUUGGAAAGAGGAGGAAAGGAUUACAUGUAACGGCCACAAUCUCCGUGAUUUUCAGUGUGACAAAGACACAGACUUGAUUGCUUUAAGUUUAAAAAAAAUAAAGAAGCAGGCUGAUCUGAAAUAUAAAUAUAUGGAAGACGUAGAAUAUGCUAAAUCUUUGAGCAAAAACAAAUUGGCACCACCCCACACCUUGAGUUUGCAGAACCCUCCAGCUUCAUGUGAAGAGGUGCCUACCACAAGUGAUAAGCAAGGACAAGAGAGGGUACCACCCCACACCUUA